GUAGUUACUACUUAGCCCGGACUACUGCCGCACUGGCUUUAGCCUGAAAAUGAGUAAACUUAACUGACAUUGAGAUAUUAUAAAUGUCCAUGAUGGCUGAUACAAACCAUGACUCUGUUUUUGCUCUAAGCAAUGCUUUAAAACAUCUGAAGGAAGAAAUAGAUGAAACAGAUUUGCUAACACAACAAUGUGAAGACUUUAAAGUGUUAAACAUAAAAUUAGAAAAGAUUGAAGCAGAUCAAUCAGCCCUGUGUCGCCAGCAAUCUGAAAACUACCCCUGUGCUCUUAACUCUGAUUUAAAAGAUGGACAUGAGGAAAGUACUGUAAAGCAAGAGAUAGAAAGGAAUGAUUGUACAACUAGUAAUAAACCAUGGACCUUAGCUUCAAAAUUACUGGAAGUGUCAAUGAAGGCAGACAACAGUUUUUGUCCUGUACCUAUCAUAAUGCCUGUACACACCACUGUUCCAGAAGUGUUUCAGAUACAAGAAAUUGAAUCAAAAAGAGAAAUUUGUGCAUUCACUACUAGCAAACAAGAUUACAAAAACCAAAACCAUGCUAAUGAGACUAUUUUGGGAAAUGAAAUUGAACAUUCUUCUUGUAACGAAAGUGAAAAUCAGCCUUGUAAAAUAGGUGUACAAGAAUAUUCUGACUCUUCAAGUUUGAAACAACACCAGAGGACUCAUACUGGGGAGAUACCUUUCAAAUGUGAAAUAUGUUUACAAGAAUUCAGUUGGUUUUUUCAAUUACAAAGACACCAGCUAAUUCAUACUGGUGAAAAACCUUUCCAAUGUCCAAUAUGUCUAAAAAAAUUUACUCUGUCUCAUUAUUUAAAAAAACACCAGCAAAUUCAUACCGGAGAAAAACCAUUUAAGUGUCAAAUAUGUCUAAAGGAAUUUUCUCAGUCACAUCAUUUAAAAACUCACCAGCUAAUUCAUACUGGAGAAAAACCAUUCAAGUGUCAAAUAUGUCUGCACGAAUUUUCUAGAUCUUUUCAAUUAAAAAGGCACCAGCAAGUUCAUACUGGUGCAAAACCUUUCAAGUGUCAACUAUGCCAAAAAGAAUUUUCUCAAGCUCAUAAUUUAAAAACUUACCAGAUGAUUCAUACUGGAGAAAAACCAUUCAAAUGUCAAAUUUGUUCGGAGGAAUUUUUUAGUUUGUUUCUAUUAAAAAAGCACCGUCUAAUUCAUACUGGUGAAAAACAUUUCAAGUGUCAGAUAUGUCUAAAAGAAUUUUCUCAAUCUCAGCAUUUGAAAAAGCAUCAAUUUGUUCAUACUGGUGAAAAGCCUUUCAAAUGUCAAACAUGCCCAAAACAAUUUUCUAGAUCUUCUGAUUUAAAAAAUCACCAGGUGGUUCAUACUGGUGCUAAACCAUUUAAAUGUCAAUUAUGUCCAAAAGAAUUUUCUAGAUCUUUUCAAUUACAAAGGCACCUUCUUAUUCAUAUUGGGGAAUAGUCCUUGUCAAUGUCUAAUAAAAAAUUGAAUGGAUCUUCUACUUCUGAUUGGGUAUUAUAAAUCACGAACCGAGUUAAACUGUUGAGUAAACAUUUAAAUGUCAAAUAUGUUUACAAGAAUUUAUAGUGAAAAACACU